GCGCGGGCGGCAGCGGCAUGGCGGCGGCGGGUAGCAGCUUUGCCCAGAUGGGGCUGGAUGCGCGGAUCCUGCAGGCGGUGGCCGAGCUGGGGUGGGCCGCGCCAACGCCGAUCCAGGAGAAGGCGAUCCCGCUGGCGCUGGAAGGCAAGGACCUGCUGGCGCGGGCCAGGACGGGCUCCGGGAAGACGGGUGCCUACGCCCUGCCGCUGCUGCAGCGCCUGCUGGCCAGGAAGACGUCGGCGCUGGUCGCGGAGCAAGCGGUGCGGGGCCUGAUCCUGGUGCCCACCAAGGAGCUGGCGCGGCAGGCGCUGCAGAUGCUUCGGCAGCUGGCCGCCUACUGCGCCCGGGACGUGCGCCCCGUCGACCUGGCCGGCCCGGAGGACCUCGCCGCCCAGAGACCCCUCUUGAUGGAGAAACCAGAUGUGGUGAUAGGGACACCAUCGCGGGUUUUGGCACAUCUACAAAUGCAAAGCUUGAGACUGCACAAUUCCUUAGAAAUUUUGGUGAUGGAUGAAGCUGACUUGCUUUUUUCAUUUGGCUUUGAGGAAGACUUGAAGAAUCUCCUCUGCCAUUUGCCUAAGAUCUACCAGGCCUUCAUCAUGUCAGCUACCUUCAGCGAGGAUGUGAAGGCCCUGAAGGAGCUGGUGCUGCACAACCCUGUGACUCUCAGGCUGCAGGAAGCCCCAUUGCCAGACAGCUCCCAGCUGAGCCAGUUCCAGAUCCAGUGUGAGACCGAAGAGGACAAAUUCCUGCUGCUCUAUGCCCUCCUGAAGCUUUCGCUGGUGCCGGGAAAAGUUCUCCUCUUUGUCAACAGGAUUGACCGCUGCUACCGCCUCAGGCUUUUCCUGGAGCAGUUUGGGAUUGCUGCCUGCGUGCUCAACUCAGAGCUGCCUGCUCAGUCCCGUUGUCACAUCAUCAGCCAGUUCAAUCGGGGAUUCUACAGAUACAUCAUUGCGACAGAUGAGCAGGACCUGGCAGAACCGGAGGGGACUAACAGGGGGAAGAAGAAGGGCACUGGAACAGAAAGGGGCAAAGAUCAGGAAUAUGGGGUCUCACGAGGCAUUGACUUCCAGAACGUGUCUGCUGUCUUCAACUUUGACUUCCCACCUUCACUGGAAUCCUAUAUCCACCGAGCAGGCAGGACAGCCCGUGUGCACAACCCAGGCACUGUCCUGACCUUCGUCUUGCCAUCUGAGGGCCUUCGGCUUGCCAAGAUCGAAGAGGUGCUUACAGCCGAGAGCAGCAGCAAGUACACCUUGAGGCCCUACCAGUUCCGGAUGGGGGAGAUCGAGGGACUCCGCUACCGCUGCCUGGAUGCCAUGCGUUCAGUCACCAAGCAGGCUAUCAAAGAAGCGCGACUCCGUGAAAUCAAAGAGGAAUUGCUCAACUCAGAGAAGCUCAAGACGUACUUCGAAGACCAUCCCCGGGAUCUGAACCUGCUGCGCCAUGACAAGCCCCUUCACCCGGCAGUCGUGAAGCCCCAUCUGCGUAACGUGCCGGAGUACCUGGUGCCCCGCGGUCUCCGGCCAGCAGUUUGUCCCCUCGCUGGGAAAUGCAAGCGGCGGAAAUUCCCGGCCUCCACUAGCAAGGGCCAGCAGAACCCCCUGCGCAGCUUCAAGAGCAGCCAGAAGAAAUUGCGGACCUCAGCAAAGCUCCAAUAAGCCGCCGGCGUGUGUGGGUGCUACCAGUUGCAGAACGAGUGCUCUGGGUAGAGAGACCAGGGGAUGCCUGCUCAGGGCUCCUCUUUCCCCUGCUCUCUUCCGGCAGAACAGGGCUGUUUCGGAAGAGGUGGAAGCCGCGACAGACCUGGUGUCAGAAGAGCAACAAAACCGUUCUCUCCUGUUUUUAGUUUUGUAAGAGUCGCUCAGCUCAUCUUGCCAAACUGUCCCUUGCUUAACCAUGGCUUGUUAAAUAAAUUACAGUUGGCUGGGUUCACACAGCUUGCCGAGUGAAGCCAAA